AUGACAUUUCCACCAAAUGCAGAAGAUGCCAAACUUAUGUGGAUCCUGAAACAAUUACGAGAGAAAGCCCCUCAGAUUAUAGUCCACGUGAGGCACCAUGCACGGACAGAGGUUUUUGGAUUUUACAUGACGACCAGUUACGAGAACUUAUUGAAGGGAGCUGAGAACCUUGGAAUACGAAAGCCAUUGAAGAAGGAAUAUGGAGGAGGCAUGAAGGAGUUCUCAUUUGAUGAUCAAGAUUUUUUCGAAGGAAUACAAAAUGAACACAAUUUUUUGACAAGCCAAGAACGACAAAGCAUUGUCUAUAGCAUGAUCAACAACUUACGGUCAACUGGAAACGAACAUUUUGGUGAAAUUGAGUUUCGAGAGGGACAGGCAAUUAUUCCUACACUGUUAACAAAGGGAAUAAUCCGGCAGGUGUUUCCACUUCACAACAGCGAUAAUUUGAUGGAACUACGUAAAGGAUGGGUGAAUGCAUUUUUUAGCCCACAGCCAUUGAAUCGGAUAUAUGAAUACUUUGGUGUGAAGAUUGCAAUGUAUUUUGCCUACCUUGGACAUUACACGACUGCGCUAUGCAUUCCAGCACUGAUUGGUUUCAUCAUGUGGCUUGUUGAGGGAUAUGAUCAGAAAGACAAACCUGAACUUUUACAAAAUUUGGAUGAGUCUAUGACAUUUGAUGACUGGUGUUUCGUGGGAUUUGCCCUUUUCAAUGUCCUUUGGGCCACUCUAUACUUGGAACAUUGGAAACGAAGGUCAGCAGAGUUGGCUUACAAAUGGGGCACGCUUGAUAAGCAUGAUGAAUUUAUUGAAGAUCCAAGACCAUUUUACACAGGUGAACUUGAAGUGAGCAGUGUCACUGGGAGACUGGAGCCAUUCUAUCCCGUCUGGAAGCGAAAUUGUUUCCGAUAUUUUGUCACUGUCCCCGUGGUGUGCAUCAGCCUCGUCAUUGUCUUUGUUGUGAUGCUUGCUAAUUUUUACCUGGAAAACCUGAUUAACCAACUGGUCAGCUCUGGAGAAUAUGCGUUCAUAACGAAGGUCUUCCCAAAGAUUUGUCAUGCCAGUUCGAUCUUUGCUUUGGAUCGCAUGUACACAAGAGUGGCCUAUUGGCUCAACGACAUGGAGAACUAUCGAAUGCAAGAAGCAUAUGAAAAUCAUCUGAUCAUCAAACUUGUCUUGUUCCAGUUUGUGAAUUCAUUUUUGUCCUUAUUCUACAUUGCUUUUUACCUGCAAGACAUGGACCUCCUCAGACAGCAACUGAUGGCAUUGUUAAUAGUUCGUCAGGUCAUUGGAAAUGUUAAAGAAGCUUUGCUGCCCUACCUCAUGUGGCACCUGAGGAUGAUUAAGGCGGGCCUCAUCAUCACGGCAGCCGAAUCACCAGAGAAAGAGAGCAGCGAACAGACUCCACUGGACAACAAUGUCGCUACUGGCGCUCCAGCACCAGGCGACUCUACUGAGAGUACAGAGAAUCUCAUUAAUGGUAAUUUAGAUCCAAGUUCCAAACUCAAUGAAGAGGUACAAAAUGAGAAGGCCUCUUUGAAGACGGAAAGUGGCUUGAAGAACGUGGGAGGUGAUUUGCCUGAAAAUCUGGAACUCCCAACAAGGAAACCAUCUUCAAACUUGUCCCCAAGCCAAGCUGAAGUGGAGAGCACGAUGAGCCAGUAUGAAGACACCUUUGAAGAUUAUCUGGAAAUGUUCAUCCAAUUUGGUUAUGUGACUCUGUUUUCUUCAGCAUUUCCGCUGGCUGCACUUUGUGCUCUUCUUAAUAACGUCAUAGAAAUUCGAUCAGAUGCUUUCAAAUUGUGUAUGACUUGUCGGCGACCUUUUGGCCAGAGAGUAGAAAAUAUUGGGACGUGGGCUGAUGCACUCAUGCUAAUGGGAGUAUUAGCUGUUAUUGUCAAUUGUGCCCUUAUUGGUAUAUUUGGUCACGUGAGGCGGAUGGUGCCAGGUUUAGAAGGGACGUCAUAUUUGCUUCUAAUUAUUAUACUUGAGCAUGUGAUCCUGGCUGUGAAGAUGUGGAUUGCUUAUGCCAUUCCAGAUAUUCCGCGGUGGGUUGCAACAGAGAUGUCACGCUUGGAUUUCCUUCGACGAGAAGCAUUCAAGAAAAUUGAAUCCCAACAGCCACCAACAACACUUCAGUCGCAACAUUCAUCUCCAAGCAACCACUCAAGGUCAUCAACCCCGAUUCAUAGCAUCGCUCGAUCAAAUUCAGUCCCUGCUACUUCCUCUUCUUCAUCGACCUGUUCAUCAAAUUCUCAUUCAACAGUCUCACCAGGUGAAGACAGCAUGUCGGCUGGAGAGAUUGCUUUCAUCACAAGGCCUACAACAUUCCAGAACUCCCUCUCAGAAUCAAUACUUAGACACAGAAAUAUUUCUGAAGCAAUGGCAAAGAUAGAAGCAGACGGUGAGAGCUCGACAGAAUUGAAAUCUUGCUCACAGUUACCCUUGCCUUCAACUACGAUAUAUGCUUCAAGUGAGACUGAUAAAAAUCAAUGA